AUUUAUCAGAAAACCUGGGAUCGCGGAUCGGGUGGCAGCCAUCCAAUCACCCAAGAACAUGUUUCACGAAUCCUUAACGGCUUUUCAGACAUGGUUAAUCUCACUGUCAGAGUCGCUUGCCCCGACCGUUCUUUCGUCGCAACCUCCGCGGGUCUCCGGGCUCAGCGCUGGUAAUCCGGCGGCGGAUCCCGCUGCCCUUUAUCGCAGUUCGUGGCCUUAUCGUAAUGACCCGAGAUCCUCUCCAAAGGUACCAUACGGUGAUAUUAAUUUAUGACCUGAGACCUCCCGUUGCGAGGUGACCAGUGGAAAAGGUUCACGCCAACUGCCGCCCCCCGAACCGUCCCUAAUGUCGGAACACCGCAGGAAACCAAAAAGUGACGAAAAGGGGAGCCAACCUCUUGGCGUAGCGACACAAGUAGAAAGUCCAUGCGCGAAUGGGACUAUCGCUUAAAUACUGCCGCGCGUAGGGCUCCGAGUUUCUUUUCCUCCUCCUCCCAUCUUCCCACCCCUCCGCUCUCCAUCUAUCACGCCAGAAACACUCGGCAUGACCACCCCUCAACCGGCCCAUUCCUCUGAGGCCCCUUUCGGCUAUACCAGGGUAGGACAACCCCGCAAACGUCCUCUUUCCAAUAGGGAAGGCUUCUGUCCCGUCAAAGAAUGUUCACGUAAUUUCCGACACCGGUAUCUUCUUCCUUGUCCUCCCUUCUCUUUUCCUUUGUUUUUCUGGGUGGAAGUUCUAACACGAUUGACAGCCUCAAUCCCAGGCAGGCUAUCUGGCAACAUUUGGCCCACUAUCUUAACCCCCCAUGUACAGGCUUUCCCAUCUCCCCUUUCAGGCGGGCGCAUGCCGAGAUGCAUGAACAGAUGAAAGCGGAGUUAGCAAACAACAGACUCUCGGGUGAGUAUGCUUCCCUCAGAGAGGCUUCUCUGAUCUCGAUCUAACCUUAGAUAUCGCCAGAGAAUGAGAAGAAGGAGCGGCAGAAGCAGAGCAAGAAGAAAUGGGUGGAGAAGAAUACUGAGAAGAGGGCCCUCUCUUUGAAAAAGUCAAACCUUAGAAAGAAGGCGAAGAGGGAGUUGAAGAGGGAGGGAAAGGAUCUGACGCAGCAGGCUGUCGAGGAAUUGGUGGAAAAAUGGCACGCGGCGGAAACGGAGAAAUAGAAAUUGAAACCCGCACGAAAACAGUAUGAAGCGAAAGUGGGGAAUCAAUUAUUUUGCU